AUGUGGCGUCUACGCCGGGCCGCUGUGGCCUGCAAAGUCUGCCAAUCCUUAGUGAAACAUAGCUCUGGAAUAAAAGGAAGCCUCCCACUACAAAAAGUGCAUCUGGUUUCACGAAGUAUUUAUCAUUCACAUCAUCCUACUUCAAAGCUUCAAAGAACCCAAUUCAGGACAUCAUUUCAUCAGUUUUCCUCUCUAACUAACCAUCCUUUACGUAAAUUGAAACUUUCUCCAAUUAAAUAUGGCUACCAGCCCCACAGGAAUUUUUGGCCAGCAAGAUUAGCUGCAAGACUCUUAAAACUUCGGUAUCUUGUACUGGGAUCUGCUGUUGGGGGUGGUUAUACAGCCAAAAAGACUUUUGAUCAAUGGAAAGAUAUGAUACCAGACCUUAGUGACUAUAAAUGGAUUGUGCCUGACAUUAUUUGGGAAAUUGAUGACUAUAUCGAUAUAGAGAAAAUUAGAAAUUCCCUUCCUGAUUCAGAGGACCUUGCAAAGUUGGCUCCGGACUUUGACAAGAUUCUUGAAAGCCUCAGCUUAUUGAAGGACUUUUUCACCACAGGUUCAUCUGGAGAAACCACUUUUAGAGCAACAGAUCAUGGAACUGAAAGUGACAAGCAUUAUAGAAAGGUGACAGACAAAGAGAAAGUUGACCAACUUCAAGAAGAACUUCUACAUACCCAGUUAAAGUACCAGAGAAUCUUGGAACGGUUGGAAAAGGAGAACAAAGAACUGAGAAAAUUAUUGUUGCAGAAAGAUGACAAAGGCAUUCAUCAUAGAAAGCUUAAGAAAUCUUUGAUUGACAUGUAUUCUGAAGUUCUUGAUGUUCUAUCUGAUUAUGAUGCCAGUUAUAAUACACAAGAUCAUUUGCCAAGGGUUGUUGUAGUUGGAGAUCAGAGUGCUGGAAAAACUAGUGUGUUGGAAAUGAUUGCUCAAGCACGAAUAUUCCCACGAGGAUCUGGGGAGAUGAUGACACGUUCUCCAGUUAAGGUGACUCUGAGUGAAGGUCCUCACCACGUAGCAUUGUUUAAAGAUAGUUCUCGAGAAUUUGAUCUUACCAAGGAGGAAGAUCUUGCAGCAUUAAGACAUGAAAUAGAACUUCGAAUGAGGAAAAAUGUGAAAGAAGGCUGUACUGUUAGCCCUGAGACCAUUUCCUUAAAUGUAAAAGGCCCUGGACUGCAGAGGAUGGUGCUUGUUGACUUACCAGGUGUGAUAAAUACUGUGACAUCAGGCAUGGCUCCUGACACAAAGGAAACUAUUUUCAGUAUGAGCAAAGCUUAUAUGCAGAAUCCUAAUGCCAUCAUCCUGUGCAUUCAAGAUGGAUCUGUGGAUGCUGAACGCAGCAUUGUUACAGACUUGGUCAGUCAAAUGGAUCCUCAUGGAAGAAGGACGAUAUUUGUUUUGACCAAAGUAGACCUGGCAGAGAAAAAUGUGGCUAGCCCAAGCAGGAUUCAGCAGAUAAUUGAAGGAAAACUCUUCCCAAUGAAAGCUCUAGGUUAUUUUGCUGUUGUAACAGGAAAAGGAAACAGCUCCGAAAGCAUAGAAGCAAUAAGAGAAUAUGAAGAAGAAUUUUUUCAGAAUUCAAAACUCCUAAAGGCCAGCAUGCUAAAGGCACACCAGGUGACUACAAGGAAUUUAAGCCUUGCUGUAUCAGACUGCUUCUGGAAAAUGGUACGAGAGUCAGUUGAACAACAGGCUGAUAGUUUUAAAGCAACACGUUUCAACCUUGAAACUGAGUGGAAGAAUAACUAUCCUCGCCUGCGAGAACUUGACCGGAAUGAACUAUUUGAAAAAGCUAAAAAUGAAAUACUCGAUGAAGUUAUCAGUCUGAGCCAAGUUACCCCAAAACAUUGGGAGGAAAUUCUUCAGCAGUCUUUGUGGGAAAGAGUAUCAACUCAUGUGAUUGAAAACAUCUAUCUUCCAGCUGCCCAGACCAUGAAUUCAGGAACUUUUAAUACCACAGUGGACAUCAAGCUCAAACAGUGGACUGAUAAACAGCUUCCCAAUAAAGCAGUAGAGGUUGCUUGGGAGACACUACAAGAAGAAUUUUCCCGCUUCAUGACAGAACCAAAAGGAAAAGAGCAUGAUGACAUAUUUGAUAAACUGAAAGAGGCUGUUAAGGAAGAAAGUAUCAAACGCCACAAGUGGAAUGACUUUGCAGAAGACAGUUUGAGGGUUAUUCAACACAACGCUUUAGAAGACCGGUCCAUAUCUGAUAAGCAGCAGUGGGACGCAGCUAUUUACUUCAUGGAAGAGGCUCUUCAGGCUCGUCUCAAGGAUACUGAAAAUGCAAUUGAAAACAUGGUGGGUCCAGAUUGGAAAAAGAGGUGGCUGUAUUGGAAGAAUCGGACCCAAGAACAGUGUGUUCACAACGAAACCAAGAGUGAAUUGGAGAAAAUGUUGAAAUGUAAUGAGGAACACCCAGCCUAUCUUGCAAGUGAUGAGAUAACUACAGUCCGGAAGAACCUCGAAUCCCGAGGAGUAGACGUCGAUCCAAGCUUGAUUAAGGACACAUGGCACCAAGUUUAUAGAAGACAUUUCUUAAAAACAGCUCUAAACCACUGUAACCUGUGUCGAAGAGGCUUUUAUUACUAUCAAAGGCAUUUUGUAGAUUCUGAGUUGGAAUGCAACGAUGUUGUCCUAUUUUGGCGAAUACAGCGCAUGCUUGCUAUCACAGCAAAUACUUUAAGACAACAACUUACAAACACUGAAGUCAGGCGAUUAGAGAAAAAUGUUAAAGAGGUGCUGGAAGAUUUUGCUGAAGAUGGUGAGAAGAAGGUGAAGUUGCUCACUGGUAAACGAGUUCAGCUGGCGGAAGACCUCAAGAAAGUUAGAGAAAUUCAAGAAAAACUUGAUGCUUUCAUUGAAGCUCUCCAUCAGGAGAAGUAA